AUGAAUUCAACGGUCUCUUUACCAACCAGCUUUACACAACCAAAUAUUGAGAAUGAAGGACCAGAAAAGGGUGACAGUUUAUUAGAUAGUACUAUUAAAAAGACUGGUUACCGUAAAAGGCGUUUAUCAAAAAUACCGGCUCCAGUUAUAAUUCCCCCGCGUUCCCCUAUUAUUAUAAGUGCCCCAAGUUCCGCUAAAAGUGAUUCAUUUUUAGAUUUACCUUCCCCAAAAACUCAAAGUCCAACAAAAAAGUUUAUUAUCAACCCUAUAACCGCGUUAACUGCUGCUUUUCAAAGAACUACUUCAACAGGUCGUAAAACUUCAACGACUACCUCAUUUUUAAAAUUCCAAAAAUCAAACAAUCCAAAAUCACAUAAACCAACCUCUCCAAAAGCUGCUUCUCCACAAUCACCAAAAUCACCAAAAUCACCUAAAUUUUUACAUCGAAAAGGUAGUUAUGAUUUUAAUCGUAAAAAUUCUGAAGGUCUUAUUAGUCCAACCUCUAAUUUCCUUUCUAUUAAUGUAGCUCAAUCUCCAACAAAUAAUUCUAAAUCCACCGGGUUUUUCGGAAAAUCUUUUUCAUUAUCUAUCAGUACUUCUAAUCAAUCUACAGCACCUAAAUCUCCAUCAAAACUAAAAUUUAAUCUUAAGUCACAAAAAUCCCUUUCACCAUGUAGAAAAGCUUCACCAAUGGUACCUUCCGAGCUCGCAGAAAGAAUGAGAGAAUUCUCAUCUUAUAGUACAAAAGUUGAUGAUUCAUUUUUGCAAAGGUUACCUAAACCUAUUUUAAUUGAUGUUCGUAAUUUGGCGUUAUACCAAGAUGAUCAUAUUCGAGAAUCCUUUAAUGUCAAUUUACCAACGCUAUUGAUUAAAAGAUAUCGUCGCGGAAACAUGAGUAAUUUUUCCUUAGAAUCAUUUAUCACAACACCUGAAAGUCGUGAUAGAUAUUUAGACAUAGUGAAUGAAGAUGGUGAUCAAUAUUGUCAUGAUGUUAUAAUUUUUGACGAGACAAUGGAUGAAAUUGAUAAAUCUAGUCCAGGUUGGACUUUAUUGAGUGUCUUGGAAAGAAGUUAUAAUUCUCCACCUUCUGAUAAUGUCGAAGAAAAUUAUGAAACAUCAUCUAGAGGAAGAGUAUAUUGGCUUAAAGGAGGGUUCGAAGCAUUUAAGUCAUGGGAUCAAAAAAAUGAAUUUAUUGUAACAGGAUUGGAAUUUGGUCCUUCUUCCGAUAAAGGUUCUGUUGAUGGUACAGUGGAAUAUGAAGGUCAAGAACAACAGCAACAACACUCUAGUUUAGUUCGCAGAGAUUCUUUGUUUUCUGUAAAUACUGAACGAAAUUCUCUCAAGCGUAAAAAAAGUGGUAAACAAUCCGAAUUUAAAUCAGAAAAAAACAUGCAGCAACCACCACCUCUAGAAACAAAUGUUGGAACAAAGCAGAAUGGAAUUUCACGUGGGCGACGACCUUCAAAUGGGUUACAAUACUUGUUUCCAAUUAAUGGCAAUUGUAAAAUUGGUGAAUCGUUAUCGCUUUAUCCAACUCCUUAUGACUUUCCCGACACUGAAUUUGAUCCCGUAUCACCUAAAACUUCCACCCCUAUAACACCUUCCGAGGUUGCAUUCGUAGUUUCUACUAUAAUUCCUGAAUUUCUCUUUCUAGGUCCAGAUAUUACAAAGAAGGAAGAAGUGGAUGAACUGAAAGAUAAAGGUGUAAGAGGGAUUUUAAAUAUGGCUUUCGAAUGUGAGGAUAGUCUGGGAUUAAAAGAAAAAUUUGAUCGUUAUUUAAAAUUAAAUAUUAAAGAUGCGAUUGAAGAAGAUGUUGAAAGAGGAUUAAAAGUUGCUGUUGAUUUUAUAGAGCGUGCUCACGAGGAUAAAAUGCCAAUUUAUGUUCAUUGUAAGGCUGGAAGGUCACGUUCAGUGACGGCAGUUCUAGCUUAUCUAAUUAAAUCGCGUCAAUGGACGUUGAGGCACGCUUAUGAUUAUGUGAUUGAACGUAGAAGCGUUAUAUGUCCUAACAUUGGAUUUGUUGCAGAGUUAAUGAGAUUAGAGAAAGGUGUACUUGGUAUUAAAAGAAACAGUGGCGCUGUUACUGAGUUUUAUCUUAGAAAUAAGGAAGAAAUGUUUGUUAUGGAAGGUGUUGUUGAACCAUUAAGUAAACCACCGAGAACUGCAUUUUUUUGA